ACUUGAGACAAUAAAGCCCUAAUCCUCUGUUGAUGUCAACCCAACAGGCAGCAAGGAAGCGCAAGAUCUCCAUCCUGCGAGCGCAGGGCAAAAGCAGUGAGGCUAUUCGCGAGCUCAACGAAUAUCUGGAGCAGUUUGUGGGAGACCAGGAAGCAUGGCAUGAGCUGUCAGAACUCUACAUCAAUGAGCAUGAUUAUGCAAAAGCAGCUUUUUGUCUUGAAGAACUGAUGAUGACGAACCCACACAAUCACCUCUACUGUGAACAAUACGCCGAGGUAAAGUACACCCAGGGAGGUCUGGAAAACCUCGAGCUGGCCAGGAAGUAUUUUGCGCAGGCACUGAAGCUUAACAACAGAAACAUGAGGGCCUUGUUCGGCCUUUACAUGUCGGCGAGUCACAUUGCUGCAAGCCCAAAAGUAAGCGCAAAAGUGAAGAAGGACAAUGUGAAAUACGCCGCAUGGGCCACCUCUCAGAUUAGCAGAGCCUAUCAGAUGGCAGGCCGUGGGAAGAAGGAGAACAAAUGCUCGGUGAAGGCGGUGGAAGAAAUGUUGGAGUCCAUGCAGAUCACCAUGUCUUAAACCUCAGCUCUGUCCCCCCCUUCCCACAACCUCUGUCACCACAACACCAUGGCAGCUCUCCCUGCUCACUGGAGUACUCCACCACCACCACCCACAGACCAGACCACCCAACCCAACCACCUCUAUAUCAGUUCAUCCAUCUUUGUAUUGUUUUGAGGUCUCCUGGUAGGCUUCAGACAACCCGAACCAUUCCACAUUGCUUGAGUCAACCGGCAGCACUCCUUUAUUUAUUAUUAAGAGCUUAUCAUUGGGACGAGUGGUGGAAUCAAAUGCGUCUGCGACGGAAGUGAGCGUAAAAAGGAAAAUCUGUGUAAUGUUUCUAGUUCAGUCAGUUCUGAUAGUUUUAAGGGUUUGAUUAGAGGUUAAACUGUGAGAAGAUGGAAAUGUGCUUACUGUAUGCGCUAGAAACUGAUGUCAUGACUGACCCAUUUCUUUCUUAGCAAAAUAAAGGACUGCAUUUUUUGACUAAC